AUGGCCUGUAGCGCACUAAUAACCGCCGCGGACUGGCAUGCCCAUCAUGCUCGCUCGCGCCACCGCGAAUCACGUGCACGGCGUUCGCGCGCAGCGUCCGGGACGGGACGAUAUGAAGAAAGCAUCCGCCGAGUGGUAAAUGCCGAUAACACCGCUCGGCUUCGCUCGGAGGAACUGUCAAAGGGUUUCUGCAACAGCGUACAUCUCGUGAGAGGUGUGAACGGCGAUGACGAGGCGCUCGUCGUCAAGCUGUACAGCGACCUGUCCUUGCUUCGCACGGAGUCGGACCAGAGAGGGGCGGUUGACAAGAUUGCGAGUGUCUUUGGUCUCGGGCCUACCGUGUGGUCGAGCACGCACGAGGGUAUCGCUCACUCGUUCGUUCCCGGACGCGUCUUAGAAGAGGUCGACAUGCACACGCGAUCGGACGUCGGAGUAGCCGCCGCGCGACUCGUCGCUCGUUUCCAUUCACUACAAGUUCCGCGCGAGUUUGACGCGGAACGUCAACCGUUGCUGUGGAAGUGGUUCGAUCGAAUGCUCGACGAGAUAGGUGAGUCUGAUGACGUCGGCGUCCUCCCCGAUUCUGUCAACUUGGACGUUCUACGCGCCGAGGUCAAGGAGAUGCGCGAAUCGAUCACGAGCGCCGGGGAGAUGUUCACGGUCGUGCUCGCACACGGGGACUUGAAACCGGCGAACGUCAUGCUGCAAAAUGAUGCCCCGGUGGAGUUGAAACUCAUCGACCUCGAGCUCUCAGGGCCGAAUUAUCGUGGCUUUGACCUGAUGAAGCUGUUUCGAACGAAUUCGGAGACGUUCUCGGAGGAGAAAUUCGCCGCCUUUUUGUCAGAGUACUGCCGUGCCGCACGUUUAGAUGAGAACGCGGUACGCAACAUCGAAGCUGAGACAAAACUCUUCGAGCCCCUCACGUGGCUCGAGGCGGCUGUGUUCUUCGCCUUGGUCGUCGUGCUAGGGACGGACGCGGGUGGACCGAGCGGUGAUUCCGCGCGUUGGCUCGAUUUGUUGCACUCGCGAUACGACAGCUAUUUAGAAACGAGACAGCUGUUCGCUCAUCACAUGUCGCAACUGACUAGGGCGGAAUAGUUCUUUUCAGUCGUAGACACUACGCGUACAUCACCUGCUCUUGUCGUUCUUUGCUCUUACCAGCGGGAUCCCCCACCCCUGCUGCCUCCCCUUGAAUCAUCACGGGACGAGCCUCUGUCGUCGCGGCGUUCGUAGCGCGAGUCGCUACCACGGUCUCGGGAAUCCCGAGAAUCGUAUCUGCUGUCCGAACCCCGAGACGGCUCAAACCUCGAACCGCCUCCGCGGUCCCGUUCGCCGUACCUGCUGUCGCCGUACCUGCUGUCGCCGUACCUGCUGUCUCGGCUAUCACCACCAUAUCGAGAGUCUCCCCCCCUCGAUGGCUCGUACCGACGAGGCUCAUAGCGGCCGGUGUCGCGUCGCUGUUCAGAUUCACCAUCACCACGCCUGUCGUUCUGUUCGGACGCGCGGCGUUCUUCUUCCCGACGAGCGCGGGCCUCUUCCUCCUUGCGCUCGCGUUCAGCGGCCUCGGCUUCGGCACGGGCUUCUUCUUCGAUUUGUUGUAAUUUUCGGACAUAAGCACGGCGACGCGCGAGUUCACGCUCUGCGCGACGCAGGGAGCGGAGCUCGUUGAUGCGUUCUUCACGUUCGAUACGAAGCGCUUCAAACUCUUCAGAACGACGGGUCACGAUCGCGGCGGCAAAGCUGUCCUUCUCUGACGCCAUCUUCGAGAGACGCUUCUUCUCCUCGACGUUGACCUCCCACGACUGGCGGUGCUUCUCCGCGUUCUGCUGCUGCAUCUC